UCUUCAGUCCAAAGAUUUUGCAGAUAAGUCUGACAAAAUCCCUUGGAAAAUGAAAAACGUGAGAAAUGGAGCUGUCACGUUCUCCAUCUGAUCAGCAUUCCCUUCCCACCGGCCAAUAAAGUUUCCAACUUUCUUUUUUAAAUUCCAGAUUUUAAGCAGAGGGUUUCCAUUCCAAAAGUAAGAGGAUCCAUGAAUAGCUCCGAGAGAGCUCCGUGCGAUUUCUGCGGCGAGCGAACGGCGUUUCUGUUCUGUCGAGCCGACGCUGCGAAGCUAUGUUUACCAUGUGACCACCGCGUGCACAAGGCGAAUCUCCUCUCCAGGAAGCACGUGCGGUCUCGGAUUUGUGAUAACUGCGGCAGCGAGCCGGUCUCCGUGCGGUGCUUCACCGACGACCUCGUAUUGUGUCUGGAAUGCGAUUGGGAUGUGCACGGAAGCUGUUCCCAUGUCCGCUCCGCCGCUGAAGGAUUCUCCGGAUGUCCGUCGGCGUUGGAGCUUGCCGCUUUAUUGGGAGCUGAUCUGGAAGGGAGGAAAGAAGAGAAGGAAGUGCCUACAAUGAUGAUGAUGAUGAUGACGAUGGAGAGUUUUGGGAUGGAGUUAGAUUCAUGGGUUUCUGGAUCUAACGUAUUACAGAUAGUACCUGUAACCAGUGAUACGACGACGUUUAAGAAGCGUAGCUCUAGCUGUGGGAGGUAUAAGCAGGUGUUGUGCAAACAGCUUGAGGAAAUGCUCAAGGGUGAAGACAAUGAUGGUGACGGAGGAGGAGAAGCAAAGGAGGGGAUUAUGGUUCCGGUGAUGCCUGAGAGAUUGGGAUGGGCAAGAGAUUCAUAUGAAUCAGAGGUUAUACACCAGCCUCCAACGACGUCGUUUUCAUCUUUGAUGUGGAAUGCUGCUAAUCCUAGUGGUGGCCAGAGUACUCAGAUAUGGGAUUUUAACUUGGAACAGUCGAGAGAACCACAGGACACUAUCCGCACGGAAGCUGCUGCAUGUGUAACAAAAGAUGCUGCAUCAUUCAAAGUCAACAGUAUUGUUAAGCUCUUGAAUGAUGCUUGUUCCACUAAGGCGAAACGUGUUAAAGAGAUUUUCCAGGAUGACUACAAGCGAUUAGCUUCAGGCCAAGUACCAGCGACAUCUGAGAACAACAAUAAUCUUCCAAUUACCUUUGGUUCCAACACCUCCAAUGAGUUAUGUUUCACAGAAAACACUGGUGGAACUAGUUGUAAUAAGGCCACGAGAGUAGUGGCAACAAAGGCUGAUCUGGAGCAACUGGCUCAGAACAGAGGCAACGCAAUGCAGCGUUACAAGGAAAAGAGGAAAAAUCGGAGAUAUGACAAGACUAUAAGGUAUGAAUCGAGGAAAGCAAGAGCUGAUACAAGGUUGCGUGUCAAAGGCAGGUUUGUGAAAGCUACUGAAGCUCCUUAUCCUUAAAGAAUUCUCUUCACAAUAGGUUUCCUAUUAGCUUACACAGUUAGGAGUGUUCUCUUCUACUUUCCCUGCCUCGGGAUAUGUAUAUAGCUCGGUCUCGUUUCAUGUGGCCACACCCUUUUAUGUACCUUGGAAACUCAUCUUGUUAAAAGAGGAUUGCGUCUUAGGCUUGUAAAAGAAAAUGAUUUGUUGAUUGUUUUCUUGUCAAUCCGCACCAUUUGAAUUCUCACGUGCUAUAUAUCAUAUGCCUUGUAAGUUUUGGUUGUGACAAUCUGUGUUGUGGAAUAAUUCGUGUUUGAAUA